AUGUAUCUGUCCCCCGAGCUGCCGGGAGCGGGGUGCCACCGAUUUUGCUCUGGCACUCAGGGGGUUUGCGGUGUGACGCGGCUGCAGAAGCGGUGGCGGGAGCGGGACAGGAGCAGGGUGGGAGGAGACCUGCGCGGCCAGGCGGGAUGGCCCUGGCAGCGGCUCUGCUGGGCGCUCCCUGCGGCUCCCCGGGGACGGAGCCCGUCCUCGCUCCCGGCUUCUCCCACGCAGGAGGGGGCAGGAGAGGAGGAAGCAGCGGCUAUCCUGACUAUCCUUGGAAAUUCAGCGGUCCUUGCUACAGCUCUGAGGCGCUCUUCGCUCCUGAAGUCACCGGAGCUGCUCACAGUAAAUUUGGCAGUUGCAGAUAUCGGGAUGGCCAUCAGCAUGUACCCCCUGGCUAUUGCAUCUGCCUGGAACCACGCUUGGCUGGGAGGAGAUGCGUCCUGCGUGUAUUAUGCCCUGAUGGGUUUCCUUUUUGGUGUGUGCAGCAUGAUGACCCUGUGUGCGAUGGCUGUGAUUCGAUUCCUUGUUACCAAUUCAUCCAAAUCUAACAGUAACAAAAUCACCAAGAACACUGUUUGCAUCGUCAUUACUGUCAUCUGGCUCUACUCCUUGCUCUGGGCCAUUCUGCCUUUGAUAGGCUGGGGCUACUAUGGCCCUGAGCCGUUUGGGAUCUCUUGUACAAUAGCCUGGAGCAAAUUCCACAACUCCUCCAAUGGCUUUUCCUUCAUCCUGAGCAUGUUCCUCCUGUGCACAGUCCUGCCCGCACUGACCAUUGUUGCCUGCUAUUUGGGAAUUGCCUGGAAGGUUCAUAAAGCGUAUCAGGAGAUACAGAACAUUGACAGGAUUCCUAAUGCAGCUAAACUGGAGAAGAAGCUGACUUUGAUGGCUGUACUCAUCUCCGUUGGGUUCCUGAGCUCCUGGACACCGUAUGCAGCAGCCAGCUUCUGGUCCAUAUUUAACUCCAGUGAUUCCCUACAGCCCAUCGUUACACUGCUGCCCUGUCUCUUUGCCAAAUCUUCAACAGCAUAUAACCCUUUCAUUUACUACAUCUUCAGCAAAACUUUCCGCCACGAAAUUAAACAACUGCAGUGUUGCUGUGGCUGGCAAGUUCGUUUCUCCAGCACCGACAACUCUGCUGAAAAUCCUGUGUCAAUGAUGUGGAGUGGGAGAGACAACGGACGUCUCUCUCCAGCUGCAAAGGUGGAAAACCAGGGAGCCCCAGCUCACUGAAAUGUAGUCAAGGUUCCAGAACACAGGUCAAAACCUGGACUCCCUCGUGAGUCUGAAUGAAUAGGG